CUCUGUACCAUUCACGCCUCAAGCAGACAUUGCAUUUGCAUCUCCAGCUGCCUAGCUCGGAGAGCCGAGUCGAAGCAACGCGAUCGACACGAGCAAGUUACGUGCGUGCGGUCUAGCUAGCACCAUGGCGCAGCCAGGCCACACGGUGGCGCUCCUCCUCGUAGCCACCACCGCGCUGCUGCUCGCGUCCGGCACGACGGCGCAAGACUGCGCGAAUGCGACGUUCCCGGCGGGCCGGUCGUUCGAGCGGUGCAACACGCUCCCCGUGCUUGGGGCGAGCUUGUACUGGACCUACCACGCGGCGAACGGCACGGCCGAGCUCGCGUUCCGCGCGCCGUCGACCAGUGGCGGGUGGGUGGCCUGGGGCAUCAACCCCGCCGGCGCCGGCAUGCCCGGCAGCAACGUCUUCGUCGCCUCGCAGGACGGCAGCGGCGCCGUGUUCGUGCUCACCACCGUCCUCGAGAGCACGGCGCCUACCCUGACCAACGGCACCCUCAAGUUCGACGUGCCGGUGCCGCCCACCGCGGAGUACGCCGGCGGCGCGUACACGAUCUACACCACGGUGGCGCUGCCGGGGAACUCUACGACGCAGAACAUCGUGUGGCAGGCCGGCCCGCUCAGCGGCGGGUCCAUACUGCCGCACCCGACGUCGGGGCCGAAUUUGCAGAGCGUCAAGAGGCAGGACUUCCUGUCCGGCUAGAGCGCGCCCGCCCAGGCCGAGGUCUCUCCACGCCACGC